GCUGGUGCUGCUAGGCAGAGAUUUAGGGUCAUGGGGGGAGACUCUUAGGAAGCUGCUUGCUUGCCUUUGUCUGGUGGCCCUUGUGUCUGUUAGUGUGUGUGUGUGUGUGUGUGUGUGUGUGUGUGUCUGUCUGUCUGUCUGUCUGUCUGUCUGUCUCUCUGUGUAACACAGGCUAAUACAAUGAAGACCCGCCCGGUGGUGCAAGUGGCUCCACAGAACCUGGAAAUUAAACUAGAGUACUCUCCAGAUCUGCGGUGUGAGAAGCAAACAGACUUGGUGCCUGUUUGCUAUAAAUGCAAAUCCUGCAUCUUGUCCUGGAAGGCUCUCUCCACCCGAGAGUGGUUUGUGCGGGCCAGCCAGAUUUCUAAGGGGCAAUUUUUGAAGGGGAUCAUAAAACGGUUCCAAAGCCAAGACCUCUUGAGGUAUGCCUGGAACUUCCUGCAGUCCACCAAUAGCAAGGAUUUCACCUACAGCCGUUCCUGCGUCAGCUCCAGCUUCAAGGCAUCUUCCACCUUGGACCGGGCACUUAAUCCGAAGAAACUGGAGCAUGCAAUGGAAGACCUCUGGAACUGGUUCUUAGAUGCCAGUUUCUGGAGCAAAGCAAACUACCUCUUGCUUCUGCUGCAGAUGUGCGACUCACAGUUGUUGCUGAUGGCUGCCAACCUGAUUAGCAUCCUCUUGAGCCAAGAUGAGGCCACUUGCAAAUUGGCGGACAACAAAACAGCUGUGCCAGAUGAAGAUCAAACAAGCAAGGAUGUGAUUCCUCUCAAGAAGCAAGAGAAAUCUAUCUCCCAGGUUCAGAGCCACCUCACAUCUCACACCUCUGGUUUGACCUCACGGAUUGGUUCAGAGAAGAGUGACUUGUUUGGUCGUCUACGUUUGCACAGGUUUUGGAGCAAAGAGUCAGAUCAUAUGUCUGACCUGAUCUCAGAGGACAUGGAUGAAGCCGCCAGCAGUUCUAUCAUACUGAAUGUCGCGGAGCCUGUACCCACCCAUCCCACAAAGCCCUUCAAAAUCAACAAGUUCAAAGACUUCAUUCGAUGUCUGCCCAUCCACUUGUCCAAGUUCAUAUUGCGAAUGCUGGACAUGAAAUCCUUGAAUAGAUGCGCCCAAGUGAGUGCACACUGGGACUUCCUAGUCAAGCUAAUCAAGAAGGAUAUGAUAUCAAAGCGUACUCUCCAAAGUGAGAUUGCAUUCCUGCAGGGGUCAUGCCCUAAAGCAGCAAAUUCCAACUAUGCCAAAAUUGUCAAUGUUAUCAUUCCUCGCAUAAACUCUGAAGGUGACAUCAUCCGAUGCAAGAGCAAGCUAAUAACACCUGCAAAGGAGAACGAAUACCUGCGCAAAGCUUAUCAUGGACAAGAGGUAGAUACUGUCAAGUUGGAAGAACGGAAUGUCUUCUGCAGUGGGUAUAAUGUCCGGAUUCUAAUGGACAGUUUGGAUCCAAACAGAGUGAUUCACUAUGGUGGUGGGAAGCUGAUGGCCACUGGUUCUAUGGACCGGAAAGUCCGUUUGAUGGAUGUGAAUGAGAUGCGCUUUGUCCCUCCUGUCUUUCUGGGACAUGCUGGUAGCAUCCGGGCUGUGUACCUCAAUGAACAGAAAGGAUUGCUUCUGAGUGGCAGCUAUGAUCUCAGCAUCAGAAUGUGGAAUAUCCUCACUGGGGCAUGUGUGAAAAUUUUUAAUGGUCACACAGCAAGCAUCACUUGCUUGGAUUUGUAUAAGAGCAAGUUUGUGUCUGGAUCCAAAGACUGCACAGCAAAAAUGUGGGAUAUAGAAACUGGAAAGUGCAUUAAGACUUUCUCGCACAAAGCUAUUGUUUGGGCUGCUAAGAUGAAUGAAACACAUGUCGUGAGUGCCUGCGAUAAGGGCGUAGUGAAAGUGUGGCAUGCUGAGACAUGUGUACUGAUAAAGACUUUACAAGGGCAUCUGGGCCCUGUGACGUGCCUGUCGUUUGAUGAGUGGCAUCUUGUGACAGGAAGCAAUGACGGCUAUAUCCUGGGAUGGAGCAUGCUGGGAAAUCACAAGAGAUGCCUGGGGGCUUUCAGACACCCCAUGGAGGUUCUGUCCCUGGAAUUUAUCUAUCUCAGAGUCAUCAGUGGCUGUGCGGAUGGGAAGAUACGCAUAUUCAACUUCCUGACGGGGAUCUGCCUGAGAGUUUUGAGAGCCAAUAGCAGAGCUGACCCUGUGGUGUCCUUCUGUAUAGUAGAAAACAAGCUACUGGUCAAUGCACUGGGCAGUGUGGUUUUGUUCCAGUUUGAGGAAGUAGUUUGGGACCACACACUAGGUUCCGAACAACAAAUUAGCGGUAAAAGGAAAGAAAGGAGCAAAUAUGAUGACAAAGCAUCGCAAAUAAUGCCAUCCCAUUUACUGUCUGGGCGGAAGAAACGGUCCCAAAGGAAUAAAUGGAAGCUUUACAACACCAACACAGUAUUUACCUAUGACAUUAUUCGGAAGUCGACGAAAUACUUCAGAGAUGCUACCCCAGCUCUUCGUUAUCAAAUGUUGACGGUACCUCCUCCCAGGAUGCGCGAAAAUGUGGUAACCCUGGAAAUGAAGCCAGAUGAGCAGACUAGACUCUUUUCUAUUGCCGAGCAUUCAAAAUCUAUAACAACUCUAGUAGGAAAUGAGUUAGAAGAAGACAAGCCCUUAGCCAGCAACUUUGCAUUGGGCCAGAAUGGUGAUGUUUUCGUAAAGCACAUAAAGAAGAAGCGUUCCCAUGGUCCCCUGUCUGGUGACCAGAUACUUCUCACCGUUAGCACAAUGCAGCAUGCCUACCAGACAGAUCAGGUCAGUGCCAACAUGGCCUACAAUAUGCAAAUCAAAGAUGCCUGGGGGCCUGCCUUUCUCCAGAAAAGAUUGCCCAGAAAGACCCCUGCUGCCCCAAAACCAGAGCAACAGAAAAUGGAUCCAGCAAGCCAGCUGAAACGACUCAAGGCUGCCCGUUACACGCUCGGCAUGGAAAAGAUUUCCAUACCUUAUGAAACCAAAACACUGCAGCUCAGCUUAAAAAACUCCUUGCUUGGAAGCAGGGUGAACUCCUGCAUCCCACCCCCCACUAUUACGCGUUCCAAAUCAUGCAGCAACUUGGCCAGAGGGGGAAAUAUUUCUCGCCAGGCAAAGAUGCCAUCUCCACCUACCAUGGGGCAUGUCGUUGGUCACUUUACGAGCUCUGUCGAAUCCAUCAAAGUGGCCCGAAUGAAGAUUGCCCAACCUGAUAGAGACAUGAUACCAAGGCCACCAAAACUCUACUUCACCCACACCCCAAACCCAUACCGGCUCAAUUCUGGUUUCCGGCUUUUGACAACCCAACAGAUGAAAGAGUAUGAAGAAGCUAAGGUGAACGAGUAUCAGGCACAGAAGACCAAGGUUAUAGCAAACAGAGAAAAAGAGUGUAAAAAUGCCUGGCUAAGGAAAAUUAAAGGUCUUCCCAUUGAUGAUUUCAACAAGGAGGGCAAAGUUGCAGCUCCUGAACUUGGAGAGAAUGUUUUCAUCUGAGCUUCGCUUUUCAAAGCAGACUGCCAGUCCUUCCAAACAGCUGACUACAAACCAAACAGUUGGUACUGGGGAGAUUUCGGUUGAAUUUUUACCCUCAGCUGAAGCUACCUUUCAGAAAAUGCUAACAAACUCUGUUGAAUUAUUCAAAUUUUCACAUAGCUGAGACGGUGGGACUCUGGGCUGCAUGGGGGGGGGAUAUGAUGGGAAAGCUGCUUUACUCCCCAAAGAAAGGUCUUUCCAGUUUGCAAUGAGUGCAGUUUACAAAUGCUCCUGGUCUCUAGAGAAAGGUUUAUUAACAUGACUCUACAUUGACUCUGUUUGUAAGCUUUGUUUUUAAGACUUUGUGUACACUUUUCAAAGCUCACCAUAUAGCCCAAAUCUUAAUGAAAAUGUUCUAAACUUUGCAGUCUUAUUGAGGACAUCCUCCAGGUGUCCAAGAGUCACCACCAGUUAAUAUAUGUUCACAAAAUAAAGAAUCCUGGCUACAACAGCUCUUACAGCGGAACCUGCUUUGUAAUGAACUUGUUUCCCUAGUUGUUGCUUUUCACGUGGGUCUUGUUCCCACCUUCCAAACAGGGUGGAAGGAGCAGCAUAUUAAAUUCCCCGCAAUAUCAGACUGUCUCGAUCCCACUUCAUGUUUAAGUGGGCCUUAAAGACAAUUUUUUUCUCUCUGCAGUCUUUACUAGUUGAAAUAAAUUAGACUGCUAAUACUAUACAGUAUUCUAAAUUGUUAAUAUGUUGAGUUUAUGCUGGGAUGGCUAAUAGUUUGGGAUAACUUUUUAGUUAUUAGUGUGGUUUUUAUUUAGUGUUUUUAAAUGUUAUUUGUAUUGGUUGUUUUUUUGGGGUAUAUUUAUUAAGUUUAUUUAUUAAACUUCGAAGUAUCUAGGACAAUAUUGCUCCUCUAACACUGAAAGCCUAAAAUAUAUCUUAGAGUGACAGGUCUGAGAGUAUGCUUAUCACCUCCUUCACAGGAAGUAGUUGAGCAGGUCCAUUUUGUCCCGGAUGUUGGUGUGGUUUUGGUAUUGAUUCAUCUUUGACACCUGCUUUGUGUGGUUCACAAAUUAUACAAGGGGGAAGACAAGGGGAUAAGUAAUCCCAUUUGAAAGAAGUCCAACCAGAUGAUCCUCAUCUUGGCACAGAGUUGUAAAUCUAACUUGGUGAGACCAGCUGAGACUGAAAUGUUGUUGUUUAAAUUGCAUGUUACUAAAUUAUAAUUUUGUGGUUGGUUUUAUUGUUGUUUUAAUUUGAACAUUGUAAGCCACCCAAAGAUCCUGACAGUUUACAGGCUUUGUGUUGUUAAUAUAGCAGACAAAUUAAUAAAAUAAAAUAAGUAAAUAAGUAAAUACAAAUGUCCUACUUUGGGGUUGGG